UGUAACACCAUGACAGGCAUCGCCGCCGCCUCCUUCUUCUCCAAUACCUGCAGGUUCGGGGGCUGCGGGCUCCACUUCCCAAGCCUGGCUGAGCUCAUCGAGCACAUUGAGGAUAACCACAUCGAUACAGACCCACGUGUGUUAGAGAAACAAGAACUACAACAGCCAACAUAUGUUGCUCUAAGUUACAUUAACAGAUUUAUGACUGAUGCAGCUCGCCGUGAACAGGAAUCCUUGAAGAAAAAGAUUCAGCCUAAACUCUCUUUGACUUUGUCAAGCUCAGUGUCCCGUGGGAAUGUAUCUACUCCACCCCGCCACAGCAGUGGAAGCCUUACUCCUCCAGUCACCCCCCCAAUCACUCCCUCCUCCUCAUUUCGUAGUAGUACACCAACAGGUAGCGAAUAUGAUGAGGAAGAAGUAGACUAUGAAGAAUCAGACAGUGAUGAGUCCUGGACCACAGAAAGCGCCAUCAGCUCGGAAGCUAUCCUCAGUUCAAUGUGUAUGAAUGGAGGGGAUGAGAAGCCUUUUGCCUGUCCUGUUCCUGGAUGUAAAAAAAGAUAUAAGAAUGUGAACGGUAUAAAGUACCAUGCCAAGAAUGGCCACAGAACACAGAUCCGUGUACGCAAACCAUUCAAAUGUCGUUGUGGAAAGAGUUACAAGACAGCUCAGGGCUUGCGGCACCAUACAAUCAAUUUCCAUCCCCCAGUGUCUGCUGAGAUUAUCAGGAAGAUGCAGCAAUAACACGCUGGUCACAAAUGUGCCAAGAAAUCCUCACCAGCAGUUGCUGAUUUUGAAACCAGCCACCUUUUUCAGGGGAAGCAUUCAGCAACCCUUGAAAAAAAUGAAAUGCAUGCUUUAAAUUUUUCUGUAAUUUUGGAAUGAUGUAUCUUUGUAGAGUUAAUGAUUUUGUACAUUUGCACUUGUAAUCAUCAUACCCAUUUUCAUUACUUUGAUAUAAGGUGCUAAAAAAAAAGCUAUAGGUUCUUCAGAACACUUUCCCCAAAACAAAAAUUAGGGGGUGUUGCAUAUUUAGUUGUACUGCAGUGU